GCUUUCUUUCCAGUCAGGUUGUCGGAUCUGUUCCUGGGCACUGGCGGGCGUUUCCGCCCUUUCGUCGAGAGGUUCGGCAACGGCGAGGACGUGGACAAGGACGAGAGCUCGGAUGCCGAGGCAUUAUUGAAGCAUGUUGCGUCUUUCUUAUUUCUUGAUGUCGUCGAGCGGAGCAUCGAGGGCCGCCACAGCGUCGUCCACCGUUUCAGCGUGUUCCGCCCGUCUAAGUUGUGCAUGCUUAGCAACAGACUUCGCGUCCCCGAGAUCGAGAUGCUCUUGCCCCUUGAACCGCCGAUGUUUGCAGAACUGAUCGAGUGCAUGCGUCUUGCGCGACGGCCUCGCCAUCUGGCGCGAGAGCUUGGCAUCAUGGGCCACCCGAGCUUGCAGGAGCUGGACGGCCGUCGAGGGUUCAGGCGCGGCAUGAAGCGAUACAUAUGGAUGCAACAG